AUGAAGUUAACGAAGGUGUUGUACAGUAUCAUCUUUAGCCUUGUGAUUAUAAAUAAUCAGUUCUGCAUUGCUGCUGACGAUGAAGAGCAAGAGAAUGAACAUGGUCCAGAUGGUGGAGAGCCGGGAGUAGGAGGGGCAGGACAAGAACAAGGACCAGAACAAGGACAAGGAGAUAGGCCUGGGCAAGGACAAGAAAAAGGGCCAGAAGUUCCGACAAGGGUUGGAUGUAACUUCAUCGAUAGAGAUGAUAUCGGAAUACCUCCGUUCAGCAGAACAAAGAAGGAGGGAGAAGCAUGUACUCUGACACUUGAUCCCAGAGGAGAUAUGUUUUUGUAUGCGUGUGAUGGACAAUCUGACCCUGCGAAUUUCCCCUUUAGUGCUAAAUCCGACGGAGAAGUAAUUGAUUUUUUAGGACUAUUCAAUUCAUCCAAUACUAUAAACAUCUCAAAUAGAUUUCUUAAUAAUCCUUAUGUUUAUUUCAUUAUCACUGGAGAGUAUAACACACCAUUUCAAGUGUCGUGUGAUUGUAUCAAAGCGGAUGGAACAAGGGAAACAAUGAUUGUGAAAUCUGGAUUUAAAGCAUCUGGAAUUGUUGGAUUACUGUUCGUUUUAGCUGCCGUGGUGGGAUCAAGGGGUUCUUCUGUUGGCGGUUUCGCUAAAAGGUUUCGAAAAAGGCUAAAGGUGGAUUUGGAAUCACAUGAUAACACAAACUCGAACAAAAUUGAAUCUUCUUCCGAUUUUACUCAAGAUUCCAUCAAAAAACAAGAAAUAAAAUUGGAAGAUUCUACACCUGUAAAAUUAGAGCCAUAUUCAACAAGCAUUGAUUCAAAAUCUGACUUGAAAAGUGAAGUAUUAAAUAAAGAAAAGAUUAAAACUGAAAUACUAAAUAAAGAUAAAUUUAAAACUGCCACAUCUAUAAAGGAAAAAUUAAAACGUGAUAUAAUAUCAGUGUUUAAACUAUCUUGCGGUCCAUCAAACUACAAAAUUGACGUGGAUUAUUUUGAAGAAAAGUUUGUACUCAGAACUGCAGACACAAUUCUACUACUCUGCCAAAAGCUUAACUUAUCACUUCCUACGCUUUUGACUGCCUUGGUUUAUUUACAGCUAUAUAGGAAUUCUAGUAAGACUUGGAUAACCUCUAACAAAUCUGAUUCCGGUAAAACUACUUUGAGCCGUAGAGUAGUUUCAAAAUCUGACGAACAGUUUCUAACUGCUUCAGCCUGUGUUCUUCUUUCUUGGAAGUACAAAGAGGACGAAAUUGGCCUCAUAAAAUCCACCAGAAAACUUUUCGACAUCAGCACAACCGUGUACAAGGUCAUCGUUAGCCAAAACUCCAGAUUCACCUCAAUUCCUUCAGUUUCAUCGUGGAUGUUACAGGAUGAUGGAGAAGAGAUGAAGAAUUUAAAAUCACAAAUCCUUGAUCGUGAGAACCAAUUGUUACACUCACUUGAUUACUUUAUUGGACCCAUUCCUCUUCCAGAUUUGCUAGUAGGACCUUAUGUCAGGCUUUUCCUGGUCUCAGUUUCAAACGAGUUCACUGAGCUUCAAGACUUCGCUAAAAAGCUCCAGGAGGUUGUUCUACUCCUUGUAAUUGACAUUUACAAGACUCAAAUGUGCGUAAACUACACACCCGACGAACUCGUCGCAAUUUCAAUAAUCAAAGCCUGUUGUUUGCUAUCAUUUGCAGAUGAGAAAUAUGACAUCUUCAAGUUUAACUUUGAAAGUGGUGAUUUUAACAAGAAAUCUCGAGGUAAUAGAAUUCUACACAAUAUUUCCUAA